AAUCCACCUUCAACAAACAAUUUAGAAAAGAGAAAGGAAAGGAGAAAAAGCUUCGAGCAAGCGGAAACGAUGUCGGGCAGAGGAAAGGGAGGCAAGGGAUUGGGAAAGGGAGGAGCCAAGAGGCACAGGAAGGUCUUAAGAGAUAACAUACAAGGCAUCACCAAACCUGCAAUUCGCCGAUUGGCUAGACGUGGUGGCGUUAAGCGUAUCUCCGGUCUAAUUUACGAGGAAACCAGAGGUGUUUUGAAGAUUUUCCUCGAGAAUGUUAUUCGAGAUGCUGUUACCUAUACAGAGCACGCCCGCCGCAAGACUGUUACUGCAAUGGAUGUUGUCUAUGCCUUGAAGAGGCAGGGCCGUACUCUCUAUGGUUUUGGUGGUUAGGGAUUUUAGGAUGUAUGGAUGGAUCUAGAAUGAUUAGGGGUUGGGUCUAGGGUUUCUUUUUGUAAUUUGGGGCCUCAUUUUGGUUUAUAGUUUUUUGGAGUUUGUAUCUGUGCAAAGUAGUAAUGAAAUGAAUGGAUUGCAUUUUGUUAGUUCUGUUGCUGGAUAUGAAAUUUAGCCAAAUUGGGAAA